AUGGAGGCUUUCAAUAUUAUAAACCCUGAUGGUGGAAUUGAAAUGCCUUUAUCGAAUUUACAUUCAAAGUAUCGUGUGAUUGCUGAGAAUCUUCUUGGUAGAAGCUAA